AAGCGCUCCGUUGGGUAUUGUUUAGUAGAAAAGCCGGAAACAGUUUACUAAAACAUGGAAACAGCGCCACUAUCUCUUCCCGAAGGUGAUACCCCCAAAGACCUGGACAUUGCAGGAGCAGAGACUGAGCUGAAAGAGGGAGCAGAAAAGAAGACUGCCGCAAAGGAAGAUGAGUAUGCUUACCUUGAAGCUACUGGCUUUACAUCUGAGCUGUUUAAGAUAGAAAUUAGAAAUUUACCGAAGCACUAUGGUAUUCAUGAACUAAAAAAACUACUUAAUGUUAAGCUGGAACUUGCAACGAACAAGAUAAAAAUAAUGCGUCCAGGAUGUCCGUUUCUAUUUGUGUGUUUUCGCGACGAGCCGGAACGGCAAGCCGCGAUUAAAGUGCUAAACGGUUACGUUUGGAAGGGCAAAACGUUACAAGCCUUUGAAGCCAAACCCGCUCCUGAUCCGUUGGUUAAACGUCGUAACGAGGCCGCUGGUACGGAUGGGAUCGCUAGUGUUAAGAAACGCAAAACACUCGAAGAAACAGUAACUGCUUUGGCCUACCUUAGUUAUGAGGAUCAAUUAAUGCAGAAGCAGUCGGAAAUGCGAAACGUGUUGAGUUCAUUUGGAAACGAAAUUUGGAGAAUCUGUGUAUCAUUACGGAGUCAUAUCGAAGCGCAGAGGAAACUCAAUGAUAAUCUUCCGUGCAAACUGGAAUCGAUAAGAAAAUCUCCUCUAACGGAUGGUUAUCGGAAUAAAUGUGAAUUUUCUGUUGGAAAGAAUGAGCACGGUGAAACCACAGUCGGUUUCCGUGUGGGAAGCUAUUCCAACGGUUUUAUUGAAGUCGAGUCACCUGAGAAUCUGAAAAACAUUUCAGAUAAAAUGAAGAUGACUGUUAAAUUAUUUGAAGAGUUCGUACGACAGUCAAAAUACGAGGUGUACAGUCCAGAAACCUAUCAAGGCUAUUUUCGGCAACUGACGAUUCGAACGUCAUCUGCUACAGGAGAAGUAAUGAUUGUCGUUGGAAUUCAUCCUCAGUCGCUUUCCGAGGAUGAACUCAAAGAAUUUCAAGCAUCAAUCGUUGCUCACUUCACCACCGACAAGGCGAAAGAUGUCGGUAUAACUUCAAUUUAUUUCGAAAAGAUCGAGAAACACAAACCAGGCCAGCACGUUAAUCAAGUGGAGCACCUGUUCGGAGAGACACACAUAGUGGACACUAUUCUUGGGCUUAAAUUUCGCAUUAGUCCGUUAGCCUUCUUUCAGAUUAACACUCCUGCCGCCGAGAUACUGUACCAAUGUGCUAUUGAUUUGGCAGAUGUCUCGGAGAAGUCUUCAGUGUUAGACAUUUGCUGUGGAACCGGUACGAUUGGUCUUUGCUUCGCGAAACAUUGCAAGCAAGUUUUAGGGGUAGAAAUUGUCCCGCAAGCCAUAGAAGAUGCAAAGUACAAUGCUGAGUUGAAUCAGAUAGAAAAUUGCAAGUUUUAUGCGGGAAAUGCGGACGACUUGAUUACGUCGUUGAUCCGAAAUGCAAACAUUCAAAGUGGAGAAAACUUGGUGGCGAUUGUCGAUCCACCCAGAGCCGGUUUACACAUUCGUUCGAUCACGCAGCUGCGAAAUGCUCGCGGAUUGAAUCGAUUAGUGUACGUGUCCUGUUCGCCGCGGAGUGCCAUCAAAAACUGGGUGGAUUUGAUGCGGCCCUGCUCGAAAACAAUGCGCGGUGUACCAUUCGUCGCAAAGAAGGCCAUCCCUGUGGAUAUGUUUCCACACUCGCCACAUGUUGAACUAGUGGUGCUUUUCGAACGUGAACCGGAGGAGGUAGAAGAACAGCAGACCGGAGAUGAUAUCAAAGUUGAUGAGAGGGACGAUACGCAGAAUGUACCAGCAAAAAAUGAGGACGAGUUAUAGUUCUGGUGAGUAUGAUUGAGUACCUAACAUCGUUUAAAAUGAAAUGUAUUAUUGCUGACGAGGAAUACAAUUGAACGGAAG